AUGGCGUUCCGACAGCGCCUGGCGAAGCCGCUCCUUUACACCACCGCUGCAGCAGCCGCGGGUGGUUCAUACCUCUACUUCGUCUACCGCCCACGGAACAUCCCCGGGUCUGACCUGCGCGCCGUCCCUCCUCCAGGCUACGGCGAAGAGGGAGGUUUACGCCCGCCGCGAUUCCCGAAGGUCAAGACGAGGGAUGAGCAGAUUGCGGAUCUGAAGCGCAGUGGUGCUGGGGCGUUCAAGGGACUGUUGAAUGCUGGCACCGGUGAGGGAGCUACAGAUGAUGCCGAUGAUGGCAUAUACGAUCUGCUGGUCAUCGGGGCCGGGGCGACUGGAACCGGAGUUGCGUUGGAUGCAGCGUCGCGGGGAUUGAAGGUCGCCAUCGUGGAGCGUGAUGAUUUCAGCAGUGGCACGAGCAGCAAGAGUACCAAGCUGGUGCAUGGCGGAGUGCGGUAUUUGGAGAAGGCCGUUUGGGAAUUGGAUUACAACCAGUACAAGUUGGUCAAGGAGGCCUUGAGAGAGAGGAAGUACUUUUUGGAUACCGCACCGCAUCUAUCCAUGUGGUUGCCCAUCAUGCUGCCGUUGGACAAGUGGUGGAAGGCUCCUUACUACUGGGCGGGGACGAAAUGCUACGAUCUCUUGGCCGGGUCGGAGGGUAUUGAGACAUCGUACUUUCUAACCAAGAGCAAGGCGUUGGAUGCCUUUCCCAUGUUGAAGCGGACGAAUCUGGUUGGUGCUUUGGUUUACUAUGACGGUGCCCACAAUGAUUCGAGGAUGAAUGUGUCGUUGGCGAUGACGGCAGCUUUGUACGGUGCCACCGUUGUCAACCAUAUGGAGGUUACCGGCUUAGAGAAAGAUGCAUCCGGGAAGCUUUGCGGGGCAAGGGUGAAGGAUUUGGUGCAGGAGAAGAACGGCAAGCCGGCUGCAGAAUUCGUUAUCCGCGCGAAGGGCAUCGUCAAUGCUACUGGACCGUUCACAGAUUCGAUCCGGAAGAUGGAUGAUGCGGAUACCAAGGAAAUCGUGGCUCCCAGUUCGGGGGUUCACGUAGUUCUUCCAGGUUAUUACAGUCCUCAGAAGAUGGGCCUCAUCGACCCCAAGACAUCUGAUGGUCGAGUCAUUUUCUUCCUCCCUUGGCAAGGAAACACCAUUGCGGGCACAACUGAUGCUCCCACAACAAUAACUCAAAAUCCUGUUGCAGGCGAUGAUGAGAUUGACUGGAUCCUCUCCGAGAUAAGACACUACCUCUCCCCCGAUAUCAACGUUCGCCGUGGCGACGUACUUGCGGCAUGGUCCGGAAUUCGUCCACUGGUCAAAGACCCCAACGCCAAAAACACCGAAUCACUCGUCCGAAACCAUCUAAUCAACGUCUCGCCUUCCGGCCUGCUAACCUGCGCAGGAGGAAAAUGGACAACCUACCGCCAAAUGGCCGAGGAGUGUGUCGACGAAGCCAUCAACGAGUACCACCUGCAAACCAAGCCCGUCACUAACGUCCCCGAUAUCAGCGGCACGGAAAUGGUAAAUGACGGAGCAAAACUUGACGGAUCAUGCCAAACGCAUCAAGUGAAGCUAGUAGGCGCGCACGGCUUCUCAAAGACGCUAUUCAUCAACUUAAUCCAGCAUUUCGGUAUCGAAACCGAUGUGGCUAAGCACUUGACGGAAUCAUAUGGUGAUAGGGCAUGGACGGUCGCUGCAUUGAGUGCUCCGACUGAAAAACGCUUCCCGGUUAGAGGAGACCGGAUUAGCGCACCGUAUCCAUUCGUCGAUGGAGAGGUCAGAUAUGCCGUACGACACGAAUAUGCUCAGACGGCUGUCGAUGUCCUUGCAAGGAGAACACGAUUGGCCUUUUUGAAUGCACAGGCUGCGUUGGAGGCGUUGCCUAAGGUUAUUGAUAUCAUGGCUGUGGAGUUGAAGUGGGAUAAAAAGAGACAAGAAGUCGAGUGGAGAGAUUCCGUUAGCUUCCUCGAAAGCAUGGGCCUCCCAAAAUCCAAGCUCUCCGCAACCCGCAAGGAAGUCGAGACUGGUAAACUCAGCUUCAAAGAUUCAAUUGAGUAUAAGAUGUACUCGCGUCACGAUGCCCCCGGUGAUGAGCUGGAGAGCGAUCUGAAGGGGAAUUCUACACUUAAGUUUGGAAGCGCUGCUGAGAAGUAA